CGGCAGCCCGGGAGGCUCGCGGUGGCAAGUCGGAAGCGUUCGCACCAGCGAGGCAGCGGCCGGGCAGCGGCGGCAGGCGGCGGACAGGACAGAAACGGGAAGGGCCGGCAAGGGCAGGCUGCUCUCCCUUUGCGCCUGGAGAGCCAGUCAGCCAGCGCGAUCGGGGUGCUGAGCCUCGACGCUGCCCUGCCCCGGAUUUCAUUCCGCGGCAGGGGGCUCGGCGAGCGGAAUUCCGGCGGCUAACGCGACUCCGGAGCAAGGUGAAGGCAGCAUGAAUGAUCCCUGAUGCGCCUGUGGGCGCUUUUGGCCAUUCCCUUUUGAACGGGAGAAGGAGGAAAGCCAUCGCUUGGAAGGCAAAGCUUCAGUGACCAAAGGAGUUGUGGACUUUCUGAAUUUUAAAAACAGUGACAUUGGAGCUCAGCAGAGUGCGUAAAAGGCAGUACAGAUUGGAAGAAGACUGAUGAAGAAAAAUAAUAACAUGAUUCAGGUACACCAUUGAAUUCUUGGGAUGCACAAAAACAUUUGAUUGGGAAACUUAUGAACUAGAAGACAAGACCCUGCCUCAGCAAGCGUACAUGAGAAUAAUUUUAAAGGAACCUAGUGAUGCAUGCAAAACAGUAGCUGUUGGAGCGGCCUGGUGGAGAAAAAGCACAAACACUGGCUCCAGUAGAAGUGUGUCUCAAGUGUGAGUCCUGCCAUUUAGGAAGCGGGUUAACUCAGGUGAUGGAACUAUACUGGAACAAUGGGAGAAGCUGGUAGCUUAUAGGAAGCCAAGAUGACGAGAACUUUUUAAAAUAAUCCGUAGCUUUGUUUUUAUGGUACAGUGAAGGAAAGAGGACCAGGGAAGUUAAACAUCUUGAAAAAGGUCGCACGACAGGAACUUGGAGAGUGGACAUUGGAGCCCAAGUCUACUGGAUUUCAAAAGGUCUCAGUCCUAGUCCCUGCUCUGGCUAGAAUCUUAAGACCCUACGUAGCCCCAAGAAAGGAGAGGCCAAGUCUGGUGCCCCCGUGAACUAAGGAAGAAUCCCGUUCAAAAAUGAGGUGAAUUAAUGUUCGGGCACUCAGGAACCCUGGAUAGCUACAUGAGGUGUUUAAAAACUUUCCUGACCUUCUUGCCAAACAAAUCUCUGCUCAUGAGGCCUGAAAGGAUGAGUGAGCCAUGGCAGGACGGUGUCCUGCCCUGUAGGAACGGUGAUUGCUGACCUGCUGAGCGUGAGCUGGGCCUGCCUGUUGUCUGCCAAUACCAUGAAGGAGGUGGUGUAUUGGUCACCCAAGAAGGUGGCAGACUGGCUGCUGGAGAAUGCUAUGCCAGAAUACUGUGAACCUCUGGAACAUUUCACAGGCCGGGACUUGAUCAACCUGACCCAAGAAGAUUUCACAAAACCCCCCUUGUGCAGAGUCUCUUCUGACAACGGGCAGCGGCUCCUGGACAUGAUAGAGACGCUGAAAAUGGAGCACCACAUGGAAGCACACAAGAACGGCCACGCCAACGGGCACCUCGGCAUUGGCACAGACGUCCCCACGCCCCACGGCAGCUUCACCAUCAAGAUGAAACCCAACGGAAUGCCAAAUGGAUACAGGAAGGAGAUGAUCAAGAUCCCCAUGCCAGAGCCUGAGCGCUCGCAGUACCCCAUGGAGUGGGGCAAGACUUUCCUGGCCUUUCUCUAUGCACUUUGCUGUUUUGUCCUCACCACAGUGAUGAUCUCGGUCGUCCACGAACGAGUACCUCCUAAGGAGGUGCAGCCUCCACUACCGGACACGUUUUUUGACCAUUUUAACCGGGUGCAGUGGGCCUUUUCUAUUUGUGAAAUUAACGGCAUGAUCCUUGUAGGACUCUGGUUAAUUCAGUGGCUGCUCUUAAAAUACAAGUCUAUUAUUAGCAGAAGAUUUUUCUGCAUAGUUGGCACGCUGUACCUGUAUCGGUGUAUUACAAUGUAUGUAACUACACUCCCAGUACCCGGCAUGCAUUUCAACUGUUCUCCCAAGCUUUUUGGAGACUGGGAAGCCCAACUGCGGAGAAUAAUGAAGCUUAUUGCUGGAGGCGGCUUGUCCAUCACUGGCUCCCACAACAUGUGUGGGGACUAUCUGUACAGUGGCCAUACGGUCAUGCUAACUCUCACCUACUUGUUUAUCAAAGAGUAUUCCCCUCGACGGCUCUGGUGGUAUCACUGGAUUUGCUGGCUUCUCAGCGUGGUUGGAAUCUUCUGCAUUCUCUUGGCACAUGACCACUACACUGUGGACGUGGUGGUGGCAUAUUACAUCACCACGAGACUCUUCUGGUGGUAUCACACUAUGGCCAAUCAGCAAGUGCUAAAGGAAGCUUCCCAGAUGAACCUCCUGGCCAGGGUGUGGUGGUACAGGCCAUUUCAGUACUUUGAAAAGAAUGUCCAAGGAAUUGUACCUCGAUCUUACCAUUGGCCUUUCCCCUGGCCAGUAGUGCACCUCAGUAGGCAAGUUAAAUACAGCCGGCUGGUCAACGACACAUAACAGCUGUACCCAGAGAGGGGAAGACGAAUUGUCCGAAGUGCUAAGAACUCCAUGAGAGAAGAUGCCAUAAAAUAAACACCUCCCUAAUCCUGUUAUCUUUCAAAGGUUACCUUGACUUAACCUAUUGAGUUACCUGGUCAGCACUGUGAUCUUUUUUUCUCUCCAAAGGACCUGAGUUGGACAACAAUAAAGAAAAAUUUCACCUAUCAUGCACUGUACACAUCUCCUGUUCAUAAGUUUGGGAUUCACAUAACCCGCGACCACCAUGUUCCUUUGUAUAUGAUGCCAUAGCAUAAAUGUAAGCUUUUAUAUCAUCAGUUCUGGUCUUUCCAGUCACAUCUGGAAAUAAAGUAUAUUAUUUUCUUGGGAAAACAUACUUUUCAUAUCUCUUGCCCCAAAGAUUGGGCUGAAAGCCAUUUUCUAGCAAAUGUCUCUAUGAAGGUUUCUAAGUACCUGAAUGGGGUUUGAUUCUGAAAUCUUUCUACCUAUUGCACCGAUGUUCAAAUGAAAAUGACAGACGCGGAAAGGUUGGUGACUUUGGGUUUGUAAAAUCAGCAGAGACAGUGUGUCAAAAAGUGCAAAAAAAAAAUUCUGUUAUAAAGUGAUUUUCUAAGUAUUUCCUAACUUUAUUUUUCAAAAUGAUGUUAUGAAACCAAAUUUAAAGAUUUUUACAUGUCAGAGAGAGGAAAGUUAAAAAUGCGUCUUGGGAGAGAAAUUUGUCUAUGUUUCUAGUGCCUUUCUUGUCUUGAUUGUAUGGUCAGUAGGCAAUCUUACGUGUUUUUAUUUAAAAUAAAGUAUUCCAUGAAAAUAUAAAUAUAUAUAUAUACACUACUAAAUUUCGCAUUUAUAGCUAAAUUAAAUCAGAAGACUGCUUAUGGUUUUAAAGUUGCAGUGAAUAAAGAAGGGGGAUGUUAAUCCGAGUCAGAGCCUGUUCACAUAUUGUGAGCAGGUACCAAUGACACGUACCACUUAAAUUAUUUUAUCAUCUAUUUGGUAGUUCAAAUCUUAACUACACAAUGAAAAACAGCCAUGAAUAUCUUUUUUUAAAAGAGAGUUUUGAAAAUGAUCACUUAACCUAAAACUUGAAAGCUAUGAAUUAGUUACCCAUACUCUCAUGACAACUUUGUUGGUAAACAACAAAAAAGAGAUCUAUUUCUUUAAAAUGUAUUUGUGCAGAAACUGCAUGUAAUUCUGAGUUUUACUCCUAACAUACAUAUGUUUGGGGAAGUAUUCUAUUCUAUACUUGCCAAUGUGGAGAACAAAAUAGUUUUUUAAGAAUGAAGAAGUAUAUAUAUAUAUCCCUUCUGUAUUUUACGUGCAACAGAAUUAUCUUCCGUAGGGUUUUUUUGUGUAUUCACAAGGUGAUAUUUGUAUUGUAAAACAAUAAUGGUGAAGGAAAUUAAAAAAGGCUUUUAAAAUUUUGUUUGUUUUAAAUCUUUGUAAAGUUACUAUUCCAGAGAAUAUACUGAUAUCUUACAGCUUACCUAGGUCAUAAAUUAAUCAAAAUGCACUUUUUAAUAAAAACUGAAACUUAAAAUAA